GAAUUUUAUCCCUCCCCGGAACACCGAGGGUGCAAAGGGAGAAGUACUGAGACUGAACGGAACUGCAAAUUCAAUAUACCGUUGGUCGUCUCCAUCCGCCGCCCGAUUCUGUUUAAUGUUUCCUCCUAAAGAACCUCUGGUCUGACUGAUGAUGGAGCGGUUCCUCUUCUCCCUGCUGGUGCUCAGCCUGGCCGUGAAGGCCCAACUUUGCCCAAAGCGCUGCAUCUGCCAGAACCUCUCGCCUUCCCUCGCCAUCCUCUGUGCCAAAACCGGGCUGCUCUUCGUGCCUCCGUUAAUCGACCGGAGGACGGUGGAGCUGCGACUGACCGAUAACUUCAUCACCACGGUGAGGAAGAAAGACUUUGCCAACAUGACCAGCCUGGUGCACCUGACCUUGUCCAGGAAUACCAUCAGCCAGAUCAUGCCACUGACCUUCGGUGACCUUCGAGGCCUCCGGGCUCUUCACCUGGACAGCAACAGGCUGACCAAGCUGGUGAAUGAGCACCUGAAGGGUCUGGUGAACCUUCGCCACCUGAUCCUCAACAACAAUCAGCUCCACCACAUCUCUGAGGGUUCCUUCAACGACUUCCUCACCUGCCUUGAAGAUCUGGACCUAUCCUACAACAACCUGGAGUAUUUCCCCUGGGAGGCAAUCGCCAAGAUGGUCAACCUAAACACUUUGACCUUGGACCACAAUCUCAUCGACCACAUAGAGGAAGGGACGUUCUCUGUCCUGCACAAGUUGUCCCGGUUGGACAUGACCUCGAACAGGUUGCAGAAACUUCCCCCUGACCCUCUUUUCUUAAGGACUCAGCUACUGGUCAACGCCAAGGGUGCUCAGUACUUCUCCCUGACUCUCAGCUUUGGGGGUAAUCCUCUCCACUGUAACUGCGAACUACUGUGGCUCAGACGACUAACCCGGAUGGAUGACCUGGAGACCUGUGCGUCACCGCCCCACUUGAUGGGCAAGUAUUUCUGGUCGAUCUCCGAAGAGGACUUUGUCUGUGAGCCUCCUCUUAUAACUCGGCUUCAGGCUACCAAGGUGUUUGUGGUGGAGGGCCAGGGAGUGACUCUUAAAUGCAAGGCCAUUGGUGACCCAGAUCCCUCCAUUCUCUGGAGCUCACCGGAGGGGAAGCUGGUAUCUAACUCAUCCAGAACGAUCAUCUACGACAAUGGAACCCUGGACAUCCUGAUCACCACACUCAAGGACAACGGCAUGUUCACCUGCAUCGCCUCCAACGCCGCGGGUGAAUCGGCCGCCAACCUCACCAUUGGGAUCAUCCCCCUCCCUCACCUGGUCAACUUCACCAGCCAGCAGAAAGAGCCUGCCCCCGGAUCGUCCGACAUCACCACCUCCACUAAAUCAGGCUCCUCCUCCAACAGCAGUGACACCAAGAGCUCUCAGGAGAGGAAAGUGAUGGUGACAGACUUGAGCACAACUUCUGCCCUGAUCUGGUGGCCUUCUCAGCACCCCAUCCCUAGGAUCCGCAUGUACCAGAUUCAGUACAACAGCUCCACUGACAACACCCUGGUCUACAGAAUGAUUCCAUCCACCAGUAAAACCUUCUUAGUGAAUGACCUGUCUCCAGGGCGCGACUAUGACCUGUGCAUCCUGGCCGUCUACGACGACUGGAGCACGCUGAUGACAGCGACCAGAGUGGUGGGCUGCGUGCAGUUUACUACGGAGCAGGAGUACUCCCGCUGCCACUCCAUGCACACGCAGUUCCUUGGUGGGACAAUGAUCAUCAUCAUCGGCGGCAUCAUCGUGGCCUCCGUCUUGGUCUUCAUCAUCAUCCUGAUGAUCCGCUACAAGGUGUACAGCAACGCAGGUGAGGGCAAGACGCCGGUCAGCAACGUCUGCUCUCAGACCAAUGGCAGUCAGCAGGGAGGCAUGACGCGGUCCAGCUCCAAGCUAGCCGAGGGGUCAGGUGAGUGCACGCAGGAGAUUUUCGGUGACUGCCCCAAAGGCUCGGUGACUGUGCUAUUAAACCUGUCGGGGGAACAGUGCGGCAGCCCUCCGAGCAGCAGCGGAAUGACAAUGGACUCUCUAUCUCACACACAGAGGAGGACAAAGCCGAGCCCAGACCUCCAGAAAGAGGCACAGUUGUCUUCUGAAGAGAGAGCGACCGAAGGAAGCACCACUGACUCCAGCAUGUCAGUCUGUCUGAUCAGGGCGAGCAAGGGUAACCUGCCCCGGAGAGAGAGGCAGAUUAAGCUUGGUAACGUUCCCGUUCUGCCCUGCGAGUUCCCAAGGUCCCAGCAUAGACACUCCUUUGAUGGAGACUAUUCUCUGUUCCAGAGUCACAGUUACCCAAGGCGGGCGCGGACUAAAGCAAGCCUGACCGGCAGCGGGCAGAAUUUGAACUCUGAUGAGUUUGCUCUGGAGAGCAAGAGAACGACAUACGGCAGCACAGAGUGGAUGCUGGAGAGCACAGUGUGAGCUGAUAGGACAGCAUCAUGACUGGAGGGCCAGCACUCGGCCACUGGUAACCCUUGGCGGGAGGCCGCGGGCAGGGAAGCCCUUGGCGCACUUGGCAAUGCCUUAAACCACCACACCACCGGACCUUGUCAGGGUAAAGAUGACUGAUGCACAACACCGGGGACAAGGAGGGGCCCUCACCGCACCCUCGAGUUCUUUCUUAACUUCGUCAUUAUGUGUCUGCAAUCCAAAGCAACUGGCGUCAAUCUGUGGUGCAUUCUGAGCACGUCGUUUCACAGCUGCCUGGAACAACAUCUGGUUUGCACUCGUUUCCGAAGAAGGCAAGGCUCGGCCAUUUAUUAAAACUGGAAAGUAACGGUGUAUCGCAUAAACGUGUGGAAAGAAAUGGGGGUCAAAGAUUCAGACGAUUCCAGAGUGCUUUUCAGUGACUACUAAUUUCAUGUUUGAUAUUUGUUGUAUCUGGCUGGCCUGGAUAAAUUUCUGUGUAAGUGUCUUACACUAUAUCUAUAAAGGUAUCUUGAUGGAGAUAUUUGUAUAGAUAUAUGUAUUGCUAUUCUACAUUUAUAUAUCUAUAUAGUAAAAUGAGUCGUUCCACCCAUGAUGUUUUUAAAGACCCCCUUGGAACACGUUUUUAUAUUAAAAACCUG